AUGAAGCUUCUUUCCUUCUGCGCUCUGUCCCUCGCCGCGGCUAUCUCGGUCCUGGCAUCCACGACUACCGACGUCGCCCCCAUUGAUCUGUCAUCCCUUGCCGAUGGCUGCACGCCCGAGGUCUAUACCGACGCCGGCACGAUCGAGGCAAUCCGAAACACACUAGCGAUCUAUCCUUUCGCUAUCGAUGGCAAGAACUUCGACGCGCUUAGUAAGGUCUUUACCACCAACGCGGUAGCCAACUACUCCGCGCCCCUCAACGUGUUGACCCCGCUGUCGUCAAUCCAAUCCGUGCUGCAAACUAGUCUCGCAUGCGUGACCACGCAGCAUCUUCUCGGCACACAAUGGAUUGAUAUCCUUUCCCCGAUCACUGCUAGAUCGGUGACGUAUUUCCGUGCCGCGCACUUUGGAAAGGGACAGACUGAGGGCCAGGUGUUGUAUGCAUAUGGUCAAUAUCAGGAUAACUGGGAGCGUCAGUCGAGUGGUACCUGGCGGAUUGCCCAUCGAAACCUGGUUUAUAUGGGCCCCCAGAUCGGCAACGAGACCGUCUUUUUGUGUUAG